AUGUUGGAUAAGGGACUAGUAGAUCAUGUUCUUGCUGAUAUCAAGAUAUAUCUAAAGGGAUGCUCCUGUCCUUCUGGCACAGGGAAAACAAGUUUGGCUUUUGUCAUUGCCAGUGAACUACAACUAGAUAUCUAUGUGCUCAGUCUAAAUUCCUCAGAUCUUGGUGGGUUGACUCUCUCUUCUAUGCUUAAUGCCCUUGAUGGCCCUGCAACACCAGAAGGUUACAUCCUGAUCAUGACCACCAACUAUUGUGAGAAACUUGACAAGACACUUAUCUGCCCUGGCUGGAUAGACAUGGAGGUUCUGUUCAGCUAUGCAGAUAAGAAUAUCAUCAGAGACCUCUUCAGCUGUCUGUAUGAUCCCUUCAAUCAGAUAUCAUCCAAGAUCAGCAACAACAGAAUCCCAGACCUUGCCAUGGAAUUUAUGAGUCAAGUUCCUGGGGGCAAGUUCACAACCACUGUGGAGAUUCAAGGCUACCUUUUGUGA